GGGGGAGGAGCUUGACCUCAGCUUCCUACCUGAUGACCUCAGCACGCAGGACGAGGCGGGGCGUCACGAUGACACAGCAGAGAGUCAGACUGCAGCUCUGGACGUGUCUCAGGACAGGCGUCUGUCUGGACUACAACUCCCAGGGUUCAACAGCAGCUGACCCCCAGCAGGGGUCGUCCGUGUCGGGGCUGGGGACCGGAGCCUCCCCCUUCUGUGCCAUGACCCCUAUGACCCCCAUGACCCCCAUGACCCCCGUGACCGAGAGGUCAGGAAUCAUCCCACAGUUACAGAACAUCGUCUCCACGGUGAACCUUGGCUGUCCGCUGGAUCUGAAGUUUAUUGCCCUCCAGGCAAGAAACGCAGAGUACAACCCGAAGCGUUUUGCGGCGGUCAUCAUGAGGAUCCGCGAGCCGAGAACCACCGCGCUGAUCUUCAGCUCGGGGAAGAUGGUCUGCACAGGAGCCAAGAGCGAGGAGCAGUCGCGACUGGCGGCCAGGAAGUACGCUCGGGUGGUGCAGAAACUGGGUUUCCCCGCCCGCUUCCUGGACUUUAAGAUCCAGAACAUGGUGGCCAGCUGCGACGUGUGCUUCCCCAUCAGACUGGAAGGUCUGGUCCUGACACACCAACAGUUCAGCAGUUAUGAGCCGGAGCUGUUUCCUGGCCUCAUCUACCGCAUGGUGAAGCCUCGCAUCGUCCUGCUCAUCUUCGUGUCGGGGAAAGUGGUUCUGACCGGAGCUAAAGAACGAGCUGAGAUCUACGACGCGUUUGAGAACAUUUAUCCGAUCCUGAGAGGCUUCAGGAAACAGUGAGGCCCCGCCCCCUCUGACGCCACUUCCUGUUCAUUUGUAAAUGCAUAUUUACUCUCUGGAUAUCAGUUUGUUUGUGUUGUGGAUGGUGAAGGAGUCGCUUUCUGUUUGAGUCUCUGUUGAAUGUUUCGCCAUCCUGAAAGAAAAUAAAUAACAGUUUUCCAAAAAGA